AUGACCACGGUGAUAUCCGCCAAUGGCGACGGAGGCAAUGGCCAAUCUUCCACACCUAAGCGCAGAAAGAUCCGGAAGGGCACGCAAAGUUGCUGGGAAUGCAAGCGAAGAAAGAUCCGAUGUACUUUCGCCGCUCCAACUGAGACUAUAUGUGACGGGUGCAGAAGUCGGCGUGUCAAGUGCAUUAGCCAAGAAUAUCAUGACGAUGCACCAUUGACAUCAACGCCAGAUAAACGAGGAAAGGGUCUCGACAAGACACGCUGCCAAGUUGACAGUUCAUUUGGCACUAGACCACCUUCCACAUACAACUAUAUGGGAAGAGAAGCAUUUAUCAAUUCAUCAAUCGAUUAUGAUAGAAUCUCCCAGCAACUCCUGGCAGCGUGGCCGAGCUCACGUGAGCUUGAGACCAUAUCAAGUAUGAAAAUCAACAAUACUUUCAAUUUAUUUCAUGGCGUCACAUGUAUGCCAUACUCGACCUUUAUGAAUAACGACCUACCAUCACUUCAGGACGUGCUGCAAUCGCCUCUACCAGGAUCCCACCCAGUACUGAUUGCCCGCAGGCUUCUAAUGCUGGGUGUCUUCUUACAAAGCGGGUCACCUUUAUCAUCUGAACUGCAGAGUAUCAUGUGCCAGGUUGUUGAGAUAGCAAACAGACUUGUUACUAGCAAUGAUGAUAUGGUUAUCUCGCUCGAAGGCAUUGAGUGCAUUAUGAUGGAAGCUAUGUUUCGUAACAAUACGGGCAAUCUCCGCGGUGCUUGGGUCUCAAAUCGCCGAGCUAUGACGAUGGCGCAACUAAUGGGUCUUCAUCGAUACAGAACCGCUGUUCCUGCUAGUAGCAAUAAAGACUGGGGUGCUAGACCUCUGCCGAAAACUAUUGAUGCUGAGACACCAAAUCGUAUCGAGCCCGACUCGAUGUGGUUCCGACUCGUCUCUACAGAUAGAUAUCUAUCCCUAAUACUGGGGUUGCCCCAGGGGUCUCAACAAGACCCUCAUGUCGUCUUCUCAGAGUCAAAGGAGCCCAAAGAGGAUGCAAUAAUAGAUCGCCUUGAGCGGCGUGAAAUAGUUGCCGCGGGUCUCAUUCUGCAACGAAAUAGUACCAACAUCCACGACCUUGAAGCGACACUCAAGGUGGAUAAACUUUUUCAAGAGGCAGCAGCUUCAACGCCUGCCCAGUGGUGGCUCCCUCCCGAGCCUUUGUCUAUCGCUGGCAACACCAUGGACGCCUUCAAGGAGACUCUUCGACUUAUGUAUCAGCUUACCCAUUAUCAUUUACUUACACAAUUACAUCUCCCCUAUAUACUUCUGACUUACAAUGACCGGAAAUACGACUAUGGCAAAAUGACAGCCAUUAACGCGAGCCGUGAGAUACUAUCACGUUUUGUGCUUUACUUUGGCAAUGCUUCUAACUAUUCUCCCUACUGCCUCGGUGUCAACUAUAUAACCUUUAUCGCUAGUAUGACGCUAUGUCUUGCUCAUAUAAAAGGACAUUGUCAUCGCCAAAAUAACACCCUUACUAAUGUGAAUACCAGCAUCUUUCAAUUUCUCACACACCAACGCCCUCAAGAUAUUGGCUUUAUUGAGCGUGUACUGGAUAGUAUGGAGCAUAAGAUAACAACAGACAACAACCCCAUAAACCAAACAAUUAUUAACACCCUGAAACAACUUGUUGGCAUUGAAGCUUCUAUUGCCAAUCAGAGUUCUGUUGUUGCGAAGAUUUCUUGUCAAAUCGGCGGUAACGGACUUGAAGGUGGUGUUAAAUAG